AUGUUCUUAAUAACCACUUAUUUCUGUGAACCAUCUGGUGAAGCUUUUGGUAGGCGCAGGGAGAUGAGGAACUGGGCCACAAAGUUCGGAGAUCCCGCUGCACGCGACCACAGCCCUGCUGCCAAAGCCUAUCUAGUACAGGAUACUCUAUAUCUUCAUGGAUUAGGAUUCUGUUACUGCCAUCCAGAGAUUAAUGAGUUUGGCAUCAAGUGUGCACCGCAUCCGCAAAAUCCUCCUAAUCUACGCCCAACUGAGCCCUGUUUUAGCAGGCUGGAGGGCUUCUUGAAGGACUACAAGGCCUCUCCAAGCAGCCAGGAAUCUAGGCAUUAUAUGGCAGACAAGCUCCAUCCAACGUACUUCAAAAGGGUUGCAGAGCUCUGCAUUGGUCGCGAUGGGGAUAACAACCUCAAAGCAUUUUGGUAUUCCUUCAAGAUGAAAAGCUCAGCCUCUCAACACACAGUUCAAAAUAACAUUCUUAGAUCUACAAAUAAGCACAUGCCAUCUGUUCUCAUCAGGAAAGCCCCUACACGCCCUCUGCUCUCAGCCUUGACGCAUUGA